AUGUCAAAUAAGCAACUAGGGACUCUUAUUGUGCGCAUUGCAAACGCAAAAAACUUACCCAACAAGGCUCUUAUCGGAAAGCAAAACCCUUACUGUAGCUGCCGUGUUGGUGAACUUGUGAAGCGUACCCAUACCGACAAACGGAGCGGACAAGCACCUUCUUGGAAUGCAGUUCUGGAAUUUCCCAUUCGUAGCGAAAGCUAUAAUAUCAUGAAAGUGUACGUAUACCAUCAAGGAUUCCGGAAACAUGCGCAUUUGGUCGGUGAUACAGUGCUUUCAUUUCAAAAAGCACUCAACCAAGGCGAUCAAAGCCAAUGGUAUGAGUUAAAAAAUGACUUUCAAUUUGCUGGUGAAAUCUUCAUUCAGUUUAAAUUUCUUCCAUCUGAUCCAAAUUACUUCAAAUUCACCAAUCCUUCUACCUCAGCUUCUUCCCUUCCUUUUCCCCAAUUCAGUGUCGCUACUCUGGCUUCUUUACCAACCUCUGCCUCAGAGCCCUCUAUUUCCACCGACAAGACUCAACGGACUUCUAAAACAUACCAUCCUCUUCCUACUCCUCCCAUCAGUACGCCCAAUGCUUACAACAAACUCCCCGACGAUGCAUUAACCUAUUCUCAUCAAGCAAACGAACUGCCUUCCUUCCCAUCUCCCUCCAUGGUUGACGAAUAUUACUACGAGGAUGACUUUCCGGAGUCCGUCGACGAAUUUCCGUUAGACGAGCCUUCCGUAUAUUCCCAUUCCGCUCUUCCACCCGUUCCCACCGUGCAGGAGGAUCUUGACUAUUAUCACCCUCUACCUCCUGUUCCUCCUCCUCACACAUCGCAUCGCGAAUCGUUUCCUUCAUCAUACUAUCGCUAA